UGUGCGGUGUAGCUAGUCGGAAUUUAUUUGUCAAUGAACCAAACAUUAGAGACGCACAUAGAAAUUCUCUACUGGAUAAUUGCUUAAUUUUAAAGCUCUUCUUCAUUAUAUUUAUUCAUUUUUGUGGGUCUACAAUGUCGGAAGAAGAAGAGGACUAUAUGUCUGAUGCAUUUCUUAGUAAAAUUCAAGAUGUGAAGCCAGGUGUCAGCAUGGUGAGGAGGGUAAAGGAAGCAAUGAAAAAGGAGGAACAACAAAAAGAAAAGAACAUAAAGAACCGCCAGAAGACCUACAAGGAACAGGAGAAGGAAAGCCGAGAGGUAGCUUUGCAGAGCUCUAUUAGCAAUGAGAACAAGGGCUUUGCACUUCUUCAGAAAAUGGGCUACAAAGCCGGCCAAGGCCUUGGAAAAGAGGGAGCAGGGAGGGUUGAUCCAAUUCCACUCAAUAUUAAAACAGACAGAGGGGGCAUUGGACUGGAAGAGCUGAAGAAAAGAAAAGCAGAGGAGGAACUUGAACAUUAUAGACAGAAAGUACGAGCCAAACAACAGAAUGAGACAAAGUCUCUGGAAGAUUUCAGGUCAAGAGUGAGGACAGAGAGAGAGGAGAGAAAAAUUGAGGGAGACCUCAGGAGGAGUCAGCGAUCUUGUGAGCAACUAGACACUCAAAAGGGUAUAACUGUCCCAAGAGAGACCUGGUACUGGCCUAAAGUCAAUGCUGAUGAUGAGGAUGAGGAUGAUGAUCACGAAGAAGAGGAUGAAGAAGAGGAUACUGUGGAAUUAACUUCCUUUGAUAAAUUGCAAAUCUUAACAUCUUAUUUGAGAGGGGUCCAUUUUUACUGCAUCUGGUGUGGAACUGCUUAUAAUGAUGAAGAAGAUUUGUCCUCUAACUGCCCUGGGGAUACAGCAGCAGAUCACGACUGAUCCUGACAGAAAAUAAUUUUGCCAGUGGAAAAUGUUAUAUUCUGAGAAAUAAGACAUUUAUAAAAUAAAAACAGGAAAAUUGGACAAAAGGCAAUCAGAACUGGAAUAAGGCUAGUUUAGCGCCCCGUUUAAGUAUGAUAUGCUAUCUAUAGCUAAAUAACGUCACUGUUUGUGAAUGCACCCAUAUUUGUGCAAAUUGAAAUGAAAAUUUUCAUAGAUAUUUUUUAAAAGAUAGUUUUUUGUUUCUUUGUUUUUAUGUUUUUUAUUAUUGUUUCAAAAGCAGUUACAGUGUGUGCCCAUGUUUUCAUUAAAUGUUUAAAAAACUCUA